AUGGAAACUUGGUUUACGAUUCUUGGUUGGACACUAUCCAUUGUGGCGGCGGGUGGAAAUGGCUCCAUUAUUUUUCUUGUUUACAGCAAACGACGGCUCCUUACUAAAACCAACGCUUUUAUCAUUUCUCUUGCAGUAGCGGAUCUCGGUGUAGGGGCCAGCGUUUUCCCUUCACAGUUUUUUUCUGUUUUUUACGGCGACAAUUGGUCUUCAAGAUUAUUGAUCUAUCGAAUACGAUGGCUGUUCGGCUACGCAUCUGCGACAAGCUUGUGUUGUUUAGUUCUGGAUCGUUACGUGGCGAUUGUUACGCCUUUAAAGUAUCUAAAUUUUAUGAGCCGAGGUCGUGUUAUCAAAAUGAUUUUUGUUUCCUGGGCAAUCCCUGUGGGAUUUGUCAUAACUUCAUUAUUAUAUUUCUUACCUGCUCCAGUAAGAAAGAAUAUUGCUACCAUAUUUGUUAUGUUUUGGGAGAUUUUUUCAUGCUGCUUUCUAAUAUUCUGCUUUUCCUCUAUGAUACUUGUCGUAUAUAAACAUGAUAGAUCGUCAGCCACCUUAGCAAAACAGCUACGGUUCAACCACAGAGAUUUGACAGUCAGAAGUCAGGACAGAUCAGCAAUAACAAUGAUGGCGAUUGUAAUAGUCGUGUUUCUCGUCUGCUAUGGAAUGUAUUUGCGCUGCAGUUUAGUAUUACUUCUUGAUCUCGAUUGUAGUGAUGAAGUCUAUAAAAUACCCAUGUUAGUCCUGAAUUCCGCCAUCAACCCUUGGGUGUAUGCAUUGUUCAAGAGGGACAUAAAGAAGGAAAUGAUUAAGAAAUUGAUUUGCAGAAAAACCUGCAGGGAGAAACUACAAAAUCAAUAA